UCUGGGCUAUAGGAACUUACCCAAUUGGACAAGAAAAAAAUGAAAUAGAACUGAAAUUAUUCUUGCCUAUUAACCCUAAUGAGAGAGAUCCAGAAAUACAAGCUAUUUUCGAAAAGGAUGAGUAUUUUUCGUCAAUGCUAGUAAAAAAUAAUGAACAUGCAGUUAUUCAAACUCAAGUAACAGAUUAUAUUUGGGGUAAAGACUUAAUCUUUGUUAUUGAUCAGAUGGAAAUAAUUAAAAAUGAUAUAUAUGUUUAUGCAAACGACAUAAGCUACAUCGAUAUUCCUUUAACAAAGAAAAAAAUCUUUGAUGAUAAGAGCCUUAAAGAAAUAUCAUCACCAACAAAGUCAAUUCGAUCAAAAGUUCUAUAUGUGCAUCAAAUUAUCACUGGAGAAUUAGAAAAAACAUCUGAAAAUAAAUCUUUACAAUCGUUAAAUUUUAAUGGUCUUAUUGACGAGCAAUAUACAGGAAAUUCUCAGUUAUUGAAGUGUGUAAAAACUGAAGAACCAUAUGAGGUUACCAAAGAAUUAUCAAAUAAUAAAGACUCUGAACUUACAGAUAUUAAUGAUGAAUUUGUUGAAAUCGAUCGAGAGCUAGAAAUCGACACAAAAUAA